AUGAAGGUAGAUCCUACUUUGUAUCGAAGCAUGAUUGGUAGUUUACUUUAUCUUACUGCUAGUCAUCCUGAUAUAUGUUAUAGUGUUGGUGUUUGUGCUCGUUAUCAGGGAAAUCCCAUGGAAUCUCAUAUUUCUGCUGUGAAAAGAAUCAUUCGCUAUGUCAAUAGCACUGUUGAUUUUGGGAUUUGGUUUUCAAAAGACACUAACUCUAAUUUGGUGUGCUUUAGUGAUGCUGAUUGGGCAGGAAAUGCAGAUGAUAGAAAAAGUAAUAGUGGUGGAUGUUUCUAUCUUGGAAACAAUCUCGUUUCAUGGCACAGUAAGAAGCAAAACUGUAUCUCUCUGUCAACUGCAGAGGCUGAAUACAUUACUGCGGAAGAAGAAACUGAGAAUUUGGAACAAGAAUUAGAGGCUGAAUCUGAUCCUAGUGCAGAAUUUCAUGAAAAAGAACAAUCUUUGGGAGAUUCUGGUUCUGAAAGUGCUGCAUCAGAAAAUGAACCUGUUGUUACAGAACCUGUUGUUACUAUUUUGAAACCUACUGCUCAAGAGAAAAGCAAAGGAAAGCGUCCCAUAGCUGCUCUAAAGUCUGCUCCUCCUCUGAAAAGGAAAAGACCAUCUGGUAUCUCUCUUGAAAAUUCAAACCUCAUUCACAUUAUUUUUGCUAUAAUGAUCAUGCGAGAGAUAUGA